AUGUUGCUCUUGGGGGUUCAAGUUGGCAUAUGUAAUGUCACUACUACUGAACAAGCACUUGCAUACAAACAGACCCUCGAGGCUAUUGAUCCUCGGAUAGAGUACAUGAUGACGUUGUACUUAUCCCCAGAACUUACUCCAGAUGAAAUCCGUAAAGCCAAGGGUGCUGGCAUUGCAGGGGUCAAAUCUUACCCGCGAGGGGUGACUACCAACUCGGAUAGCGGUAUCGAGUCUUAUGAAGUCUACUAUCCAGUUUUCGAAGCGAUGCAAGAGGUUGACAUGGUGCUCAACUUGCACGGAGAGAUCCCCUCCGAAGCGCGGACUAACACUUGCGUCCUCAAUGCCGAACCUCAAUUCUUACCCCACCUUCGCAAGCUUCACGCCGCUUUCCCCCGCCUGCGCAUUGUAUUGGAGCACGCGACUACUCGUGCGGCUGUCGAAUGCGUCAAGGAGCUUGGCGAUACUGUCGCGUGCAGCAUUACCGCUCAUCAUCUUGCGUUGACCGUCGACGACUGGGCAGGGCAAUCCUGGAACUUCUGUAAACCUGUAGCCAAGUAUCCGGACGAUAGGGAAGCCCUGAGGGAUAUUAUCAAGGAAGGACACCCUCGCUUCUUCCUUGGUUCGGAUUCCGCCCCUCACCCACCAUCGUCCAAAUCAAACGCCAUGCCCGACUCGCCCUGCGCCGCAGGGGUAUACACAUCUCCAAUACUUCUUCCCCUUGUUGCGCACUUGCUCGAAUCGUUCGGUGCCCUUGACCGGCUAGCCGAUUUCGUAAGUAACAACGGGAGGAGGUUUUACAAAAAAGAGCUACCUGUCGCUGCGCCGGUGGUCAAAUUGAGGCGGUCUCCAGAAACGGUGAGGACGCAGUGGACUCUGGACGACAUCUAUGGCAACAAACUCGACAACUGGAAGUUCUCAAAUCUCACCUCGGGAACCAGCUCUCGGUCACCAAAGAGAACAGCAAGAAACUUGCGGCUGCGAUUCAAGAGAACCACAACUCAGACAAGAGAUCCAAACGCUGCGGCCCGAUUACAAAAGCUGUAUGCUGGACUCGAAGAGCUCAAGAAAGAGAACAGAGAUAAAGAGGUUCGGGAUUUGAACCAGGCGCAGUGGAACCAGGAGAUACUAGGCGCUAUCGAAAGAAUGCAAAAGGACACUCGACCGCUGACACCUGAGACGUUUAAGCAGCUAUCGGAGGCGCUUGUGCAUUUGGCCGCGUUUGUGGAAGGGGAAGAGCGAAGGUAUGGUCUGAAUCAGACCCUUGAAGAUGAAUCGCAUGGUGUGAGCGUAUGA